AUGGUUGAAUGCAGCUCAGAUACCCAAAUCAGACCAUUUCUGGUGGACAAGAGAUGUGAGCCGGCAUAUGAAGAAUCAGUGACUGUCUUGAUAGCUGAUGGGAAAGUGUGGUUCACACCCAUAGUUGACUUCAUCAAAGAAAGGAGGUAUCCUAAACAUUUCACUGUGGGUGAAAAGAAGAGGCUUCGAAAGUACGCCAUGCAAUUCAUGCUCCAAGGAAACUUGUUGUACAAAAGAUCUUACGAUGGCAUACAACUACUCUGUGUAGAUGAGGAACAAGCUCAAACAAUCAUACUUUGUGUAGAUGAGGAACAAGCUCAAACAAUCAUGAAGGAAAAUCCAUCAGGGAAUCUGCAGAUCGCAUAUGAAUGA